AUGGAUGAAGAUGCGCCUAACAAGCGCAACAAACUUUUUUCUCUCAAGGAAUUAAGUGUGAAGUCAUUGGCGCCGAUUGUGGAGAAGAAAGUCUAUGAAAACAACUCAACCCAAAUUGAUCUAAUUGCGAGCCAACAAUUACUUGCUUAUUUUCUUCGAGACACCUGCAAUGCAGAGCAGAUGAACAAGUUCACAAAGGCUAUGACUUCUUCAUUAAACCUCACUGACUUGAAAAUCACCCAUGAAAAGAUAAAUAAAGAAACUUGUGAUAAAAUAUUCGGUUUCAAAAAUUUGUCUUCUCUUGAACUCGGCUCAUUAGCUUCUUGGACCAUGUUUCAUUUGGACCAGAGUUUGUUCGCAGAUGUACCACUAGUGGAUGUCAUCGAAGCGUUGCGCAAUAUUUUGUGUGAAGAAAGUCGGAUUCAACUUCAGAGUCUUGCUAUCACAAACGAUCCAGUGACGUUUCGAACUGGGUGGAUGUGUGAGAUGAAAGGGAUUCUUCCGGCGCUCACAACUCUUAAUCUGGAGAAGAUGCCAAUUUCGGAAUCCGAAUUCGAUGUCAUUUGCGAGUCGCUUUCACUUCUCGAGUCAUUCUAUGUUUCUAAAAUUGGAAAUCUCACAGGAAUUUCAAAUCUAAAGAAUCUUCAAGACUUUCACUCGAUUGAUUCCCAGUUCAAAGGUCCGGAAGAUGUAAUUGACAUUUUCAAACUGAAGAAUCUAAAAAAGUUAGACUUUCGUGGAGAGCAAUGUGUCCAUCUGCCAUGUGUCCGUUUGUAUUUGGACUGCGCAAUGAGCUUGUUCUCUCUAGAAUUUUUCAAUUGUAUGAAAAAUGCAAUAUCCGCAGAAGAUGUUAAUCUGCUCGCUACCUCUCAUCCUCAGCUUAAAAGAAUUUUUGUCCUUGAUACAAGACUGCAAGAUGUUUCACAACUGGAAACGUCUAACGACCAAUUGCAUUUGAUAUCAAAGGGAUCUCUUUGGCAGUGUCUCGAAUCAUUGAAACUCUUAGAUAUCCGUACUCAGUCAGAACUGAUGAAUGACGUUUGCGUCGAGAUAAUCGGCUAUUUGUCAAACUACGAGGCGUACUCCAAAACAGUCAUCUUCGACUGCUUUGGCGUUUUGACUCAGAUUUUGAGAGGAGAGUUGAAGUUUUUCAUCGGGAAGCAAAUUCAUGCCAAUGUGUUAAAAUGCUUGGAGCUGUUGUGCCGUGGCGGUCGUAUCGAAAUGUUCAAUAAACUCACAAAAUUGAACUUUAUUGACUUACUGCUCGAAACUAUCACAUGGUUCAAUGGGCGCUCGGAUUCAGUUGUGUGGAAUAUACACUCGUCAUCGUGGAAUAUUCUCCACGAUAUAUCAACGUCUACACUUCCAGAGAAGAGCAGAGAAUUUCUUUUCUGUCAAGGAAUCGAGCUAUUGGAAAAUGCGGAACACGUUUUGAUCGCUCCAAAAAGCUGUCUGGAUCUCAUGACAAAAUAUCUUGAAAGCAGGACAGAACAGCUGGAAGAUUUUUUGAUCUACUCGAAACUUGUCCGAAAAGUUGCCGGCAAUGUUGCAGAUCUUGCUAAGCUCAAGUUCACUCCUUUAUUUAUUGCAACCUGUAACUUUUUGGGCACCUUGCAUAACAUCUGUGCGGUUGGACGAACGGAAAUGACCAAAUUCAUCAUCAAUUCAAUCAUGUAUGCGUUUAAUGUAUUUCUGUCGGCGGAUUGGUUAACACAAGCCUAUGGGUUCCGAAUUGUUGAAUCGAUGUUGUUCUAUACUGAUCGUGAGACGGUAAAAAUAGUGUUCAUCAAGCAUCUGAAGGGGUUAUUCCUAACACUGACCCAAAAUGAAGACAAGGAAUGUGCAACUGGACCUGUAAUCUCACUCUGUUUUACUGCUUUUCACCUUGUUGAGCGGACAUAUACAAUGAACGAACUUAGAACGGCUGAGAAUAUUGCACAAAUAUCUAAUCUCCUCCAAUUGCUCAAACAUAACAAAUCAAUUGAAUAUGUUGAUGUCAUGGCAGAUUUCAAUUCAAAAUUGACCAGUCCCAUGCUCCUUGCCUGGACGAAAUUCAUGACGACGUCUUGA